GUCCAGCGCAGUGCUGGAGCACAGUAUUCGGUAUGAGUAAAAAUCCGAAUGUUUUCCAAAUUCUCAAGACUUAUGCAAAGUGUCCUUUGUAAAUAUCUACUGAUAACUGCAAUAUAUGGUAACACAUUUUUUUUUUCUUUAAAAAAAUUUUUAUAGAAAUAUUCGAAAAAUAGUGUGCUAGGAACAUUUUUACAGAUUUAUGAACCACCUGCAUCGGAACAGUACUGUUUUGUGAAUGUGACAUGCUUAUUAAUGACAGGUAGAAUGUUUGUCAUGUAGAUGUUGUUACUGUGAGCCCAACAGUCGUCUCUGGCUCGCUGUCGAUCGCCGCUCCGCAAGUGUCAGCCCCUCCAGCGGCGGCGGCGUCUGAGAGCUCACCCUUUUUUCAAUAGCUUAAGGGAAGACUCAAUGUAAAGUGUUUAGAACAUUUGGGUUGUAGAACAGAUGCAAAUUAAUUAUGGCUCCUAGAUAGGAAUUGCUUUUUUAAUUCAUUUUUGUAAGCCAAGAUGAUUUAGUAUAAAAAAACAAAUUUAAGUUUCAAAUGUGCCUUCCAAACUUUAGCACCCAUGAAUUUUAUGCUGAUGGCAGAUAUUUGUCAGGACAUUGAGUUUUGGUAAUCUGGUGAAGAGCUUAGAUUUUUUUUUAAUUUUUUUUUUUAUAUAUGUGAAGUUACCUGCUGGAUUUUCAGUUAUCUCACUCAAGGUUAUCUUUGUGUGUUACAGGUUUAGGUGGUGCUGGUAAUGUGGAGUUGUAAGGGGUGCUCAGAAAAAGUGUCAAGUAGGUCCAAACUUUUGCAUACAGAAGACAUGAAGUUGUUCGUGAUGCACCGAUGGUGGAGGCUUUCAUGUCAAGAUGGCCUGGUCUAUUUGACAUUAGAGAGAUAAAUGCUGAGUUUAAGAGAAUUACGACCAUACCGCUUCAUUCAAAGUUCUUCUCUCAACUGGAUCUCCACUGUGACAACCUGAGGAAGCUCUUCAAAAGAAGAGGAGGACAGCUCGGACAAAAGCUUAGACAAAUUGUUGCACAAAUGGAUGAUUGUGAAGAUGUUGAUGUUGCACAGGAGUGUGUCAUUAAGGGAGUCUGCAUAUAUAUGGGAGAAGAUCCAGCCAAGCUCAGCCAUAAAUAUGUGGGUGUGGAUGAAGCUAAUAUUGAAGAGGGUAUUGGAGCCACCACCAUCGGUGUUUUUCAUCUUAAAGACUGUUCUUCAGCAGAUGAAGACAUCGGGGUCGUUCUUGAAGGCAUCAGAGUGUUGUCCAAUUUGGAUAGUGUGCCAACAGCUGUUGCAAUGCUUUUUGGACUGAUAUAUGCAAUGAACCUCGCCUACCCUGCUGACCUCCGCUACACUUUCGAGGUAUUACAGAAAAUAGUAAUGGAACUGGAUGGAGGUAAACUGUCAAACAAGGCAUUGUCCCUUAAAAACCACCUCUAUGAGUGAAUAGAGAUUUUCUCAUGUUUAAUUUGGUAAUGUUCUCAUGUUCAGUUUUUGUAUUUCUUGUUGUAUUCUUUAUUGGAGGACACAAAUGUAUUUUUUUAAUGAGGAACGUUCACCUGAAAGACUGGGCUUCAGCAGCUUUUACGUUCCAGUAUGUAGUGCUACUUAUAACACUACUGCUACUUAGUGUUACAAAUAUGUUAAAGAAAUUUGCUAUAAAAGUUACAUUACACUGAUUUAUUGUCAUGCAAAUUACAUGUUCAGAAUUGUUUUAGAAAUUUUACAUACUUUUCUAAAUCAUUUAGUCUUUCAUAUUAAUAUCUUAUAGAUAAACUUUUAAGAUGUAGUGUUUCCCUUGUAAAAAAAUGUUCUUGUUUUUACACAUUUGUUUAGACUAUCACUAUGGUAUUACAUAGUAAUCAGUAAGACAUGUGACAGAUAAUUGGUGUAAAAAGUUUAGCUUUGUCUCAUAUUGACAUAACAUACUGAUAGUUUUAACAAAUAUGUUAAAAAAGUCUGUAAAGCUAUGUACUGCAGCAUUAAUUAAUGUCAUUUGAAUACAUGUUCAAAAACAGUUUGUAGAAAUUUGACAUACUUUUCAUAAUCUUGUACAUCUUUUAUAGAAAUAUGUCUCAGGUUUUCCUUCAUGUUCAUAAAAAUUGUAUUUACUAAAUU